CCCGAAGCUAAGGCGAGAAGGAGGAGUUUUAAAGAGCACCACAUGCUACUUUAUUGCAGAUUCUUAUGCUGACCGCAAUUUGAGAACCACUACGCUACAGACGUCCUUGAGAUUACUGUAUAAAAAGCCCUGUGAUGAAACCUGUGAUUUUCAGUUUAAGACCAUACAAUAUGCUCUCAGCCAAAGUGUUAUGCGUCUUCCACACUUGCCUAUGUGAUAAAAGGCCUCAUUGUGGCCCAGUGGGCCCAUUGUGAAAGCUGAGAGCGGAGUCUCUUCUUCUCCCCCGUCCUUCCUCCCCCUUUUGUGGUGAUGUCAGCUCCUCCGAGGACUCCUCCCAUCCACCUGAGCCUACUUUAUAAAGCAUAGUGCUCCUGUCUGGGCUGCACACACACACACACACACACACACACACACAAACGCACACGGCGUCAACUUCCUCAAGAGUUUCUCCGGCGUGACGUUGGUGGAAGAGCUGUAGGAUGUCCGUCGGCCUGGAGUUGCUGGGCAUCUCCCUGUGCAUCCUGGGAUGGAUCAUCGGCAUUGUGGCAUGCGCCCUGCCCAUGUGGCGGGUGACGGCGUUCAUCGGCAGCAACAUCGUGACGGCGCAGAUCAUCUGGGAGGGCCUGUGGAUGACCUGCGUGGUUCAGAGCACGGGCCAGAUGCAGUGCAAGGUCUAUGACUCCAUGCUGGCCCUGAGCCAGGACCUGCAGGCCGCCCGGGCCCUCACCGUCAUUUCCAUCUUGCUCGCCAUCAUAGCCGUGUUGAUCGCCAUCACCGGCGCCAAGUGCACCAACUGCAUCGAAGAGGAGCCCUCCAAAGCCAAGGUGAUGAUCGUCUCCGGAGUGUUCUUCAUCGUGUCGGGCGUCAUGCAGCUCAUUCCCGUCUCCUGGUCGGCCAACACCAUCAUCCGGGACUUCUACAACCCCUUGCUGACUGAUGCCCAAAGGCGGGAACUGGGCGCCGCGCUCUACAUCGGAUGGGCGGCUGCCGCCCUCCUGAUCCUGGGUGGCGGACUGCUCUGCUGCUCGUGCCCGCCCAGGGAGGCCCGCUACAAGAAUUCCCGAAUGGCGUACUCGGCCUCCAGGUCGGCAGGAGGCCAGGGGGUGGAGAGGAAAGACUACGUGUGAGUGAGGACGUGGACACAAAGACUGGAAGGCCGUCGCCACCAGGAGAUGAUGAAAAAUUCAUGCAUUCGUCGGUGUUGUGUAUGUUUUUACCUAACUGUAAGUCUCACAUGUGUGACUUGCUUACUACUCACUAAAUGUUUCCCCCAACUGUAUUGAGCCAAGGCUCAUAUUUUUUUAAGAAAAAUCCCGUAGCCCAUCACCAAACAUGGAUAGACAAGAACAGCUUUCAGGUGGAAUUAAAAGAAAUUUAAAUCGGAUUUGCUGUGAAUCAUUUUAUACCAUUCUGGCAGAAAAUCUGUACUGAAAUUGUAUUUUUCUUCACCUUUAACAAUUUCUUCCCAGCAAUUCGCUUCUUAACAUCAACCGAAUGAUAGCUGUACAUUUAAAUAUUCGUGUGCCACAAUUUUCCGUGUCUUCUGAUUUUGUAUUCAUUUUGCCGUGAACAUUGUAUUUAACAAUUAAUUGCCGGGGCAAUUAUGUAUGUACGAUGAGGUGACGAGACUGUACAUUUCAAUUUUUUUUUUUUUUACAGUCAUAACAAACCUAUUGAGUAUAUUUGUGGUUUGAUUAAAUCCCAUCGACUGGAAGAGCA